AUGAAUGAUCUACAACAAGUUUCCCUUGCCUUGAAGAAAGUUACCAGUCGCAGUUUGCUCUUGAUCGACGAAUUUGGCAAAGGGACUCUUGAGAACGAUGGCAUCGGUCUUGCAUGCGGGAUUCUCGAGCACUUAUUGAGCCUUAGAGAGACCCCGAAGGUCAUCGCAGCAACACAUUUUCACGAAAUAUUCGAAAAUGACUUCCUCAGGUCCCGACCUCGAUUACAGCUGGGACAUAUGGAAGUGCAGGUCUGCGAAGAAUCCCGCGAUGUGGAAGAUCAGAUCACCUAUCUCUAUAACUUUCGACCAGGUCGAAGUAACAGGAGUUUUGGGACCAUAUGCGCGGCGAUCAACGGAAUCCACCAAGCCGUCGUUACUCGCGCCAAUGAGCUUGCCUCGCUCUCCGCGCGUGGUGAGAAUUUGAUUGCUGCUUGCGCCACAUUAACUGCAGAGGAGACACAAGCGUUGGAAGAAGCGGAUGCGUUGGCUAGAAGAUUCCUUGAGAUAGACAUGUCGGACAGCGGUGAGACAGAUUGGAGGGUUAUAUUAGAGGAAUUAUUUGAAAGUCUGGGGACCUAA